CCCCACUGUUUCUCCCCACACGCGCAAAUAGCCUUUACUUCCUUGACCCAAUCCUUCUUCGUCUCCAAGCUUCUUUGAUAACCUAAGGCCCUAAAUUUCUUCUAUGGCCGGAAGGGGAAAGUCUUUGGGUUCAGGCGCCGCCAAGAAGUCCACCACUCGGAGCAGCAAGGCCGGUCUCCAAUUCCCUGUCGGCCGUAUAGCCCGGUUCCUCAAAGCCGGCAAGUACGCAGAGCGCGUCGGUGCGGGCGCACCCGUCUAUCUCGCCGCUGUCCUUGAAUAUCUCGCUGCCGAGGUGUUGGAAUUGGCCGGGAACGCAGCUCGGGACAAUAAGAAGACUCGGAUAGUGCCUCGCCACAUCCAACUGGCCGUCAGGAACGACGAGGAGCUCAGCAGGCUGCUAGGCUCCGUCACCAUAGCCAACGGAGGCGUUUUGCCCAACAUUAACAACCUCCUCUUGCCCAAGAAAGCCGGCCAUGGCUCAAAGUCCGCUCCGGCCGAUGACGAGAGCUAGAGAAAUUAUCCCCCUUGUCAUUAUGCUUUUAGGUUUAGGUUAUUUGUAGUUUGUACUUCAACCAUUAAAGAAAUGACAUCAGUAUUAUGAUUAUCUAUCA